CUUGUGGGUCGCGUCUCUCCAGCUGUAUCGCCGAGGCCUCCGAAGUCGAUAGCAAGAUAUCAAGAUGGGCCACGCAGAAGGCUCAACAGAGCCAAAGUCAUCCUCCCUUCCAGAUCUCAAGUCUAUUCUCGGCAUCAAGCUCGACACGCAGAAGCUUGGACCCACUGAGAAAGAGCUCGAGAGCCUCGAGACCUUUCAGCGGGCAUGCAACUUCAUGGCUGUCUCGCAGAUCUUUCUCAAUCGUUCGGCUGUCGAUCCGUCUACCCUCGAAAAGAGGGAUGUCAAGCGUCGCUUGCUCGGACAUUUUGGCACAUGCCCAGGCCUCGCACUCGUCUGGGCGCACACCAAUCUGCUCAUACAGAAAGAGCAAGAUUCGCGCUUCCUCAUGAUAACCGGCCCGGGACAUGGCGCACCGGCAAUUCUGGCUGGCGUUUACCUCGAAGGCAGCAUGACACGUUUCUAUCCGCAAUAUUCGCUUGACAAGACGGGCUUCAACACCUUCAUUCGUGCAUUCAGCUGGCCAGGUGGCAUACCUUCGCACGUUAACGCUGACACACCUGGCGCUAUUCACGAAGGUGGCGAGCUAGGCUAUGCGCUUGGAGUCGCAUAUGGCUCCGUCAUGGAUAACCCUGACCUCAUUUCCGUCGUAGUUGUAGGCGAUGGCGAGGCAGAGACUGCUACCACCGCGACGAGCUGGCAUUGCCACAAAUUCAUCGAUCCCGCCGAGUCUGGAGCUGUCAUCCCGAUCCUACACGUCAACGGCUUCAAGAUCUCUGAGCGCACGCUCUUUGGCACGAUGGACGACAACGAAGUUCUUGCGCUUUUCACAGGCUACGGAUAUCAGUGUGCUAUCGUUGAAUACGAAGAUGUCACCAAUCCCGGCCGUCAGAGUGAUAUCAAGAUUCAAGUCGACAUGUGGGCUGCUAUGCAAUGGUGUUACGCCGAGAUCAAGAAGAUCCAGACGGCUGCUCGCUCGGGCAAGCCUAUGACAAAGCCGCGAUGGCCCAUGAUCGUCUUGCGCUCCCCCAAAGGCUGGACAGGCCCACUCAAGGUCGAUGGUAUGCCAAUGGUCAACUCGUUCAGGUCACACCAGAUCCCUCUGCCCAAGUGCGCAAGCGAUGACGAGCAAUUUGAGAUGCUGAAGAAAUGGCUAUCGAGCUAUCACCCCGAAUCCUUAUUUGACGAAUCAAAAUCCAACAUCAUCCGGCCCGAGGUGCUCGAGCUUGUGCCGAAGGACGAAGGACGUCGCUUGGGCCUCAUCAAAGACGCAUGGAACAACUACAGGCCGCUCGAUUUGCCAGCUGAUUGGAAAGCAUUUGCAAGCGACAAGCUUAGCGAAGAAAUCAGCCCAAUGAAAGCCAUUGCGAAAUAUUUGGAGGUCGUUAUCGAGAAGAACCCGAAAGACUUCCGAAUCUUCUCGCCUGAUGAGCUGGCUUCCAAUAAACUCAACUCGGUGCUCGAAAAGACGAAUCGGAACAUGCAGUGGGACCCCGAGACAGCCAACCGAGGCGGUCGCGUCAUCGAGGUGCUCAGCGAGAACAUGCUGCAGGCUUUCUGUCAAGGCUACACUCUCACAGGCCGAACUGGUUUGUUCCCUUCCUAUGAGGCAUUCUUGAUGAUCAUCGAUACAAUGCUCAUUCAAUACGUCAAGUUCAUCAAAGUCGCUCAAGAAUCCGGCUGGCGCUCCCCGAAUGCUUCGCUCAAUUACAUCGAGACAUCGACACUCUGGCGUCAGGAGCACAACGGCUACUCGCAUCAGCAGCCAGGCUUGAUCGAUGUAUUCCUCGACCUGCCACAGGCAAUCGCCCGGGUCUACCUGCCACCUGACGGCAAUUCUGCCGUCUCUGUCAUCAAUCACUGCCUUCGCUCGAAGAACUAUGUGAAUCUGAUCGUAGGCUCCAAAACACCCGGGCAUAACUUCCUGACGAUCGAAGAGACCGAGAAGCACUGCGUCGCCGGUAUCUCUGUAUGGGGCAAGCACUCCACAGACGACGGCAAGGAUCCCGAUGUUGUCUUGUGUGGUAUCGGCGUCGAGGUCACAACAGAGGUCGUCGCCGCUGUCACUCUACUCAAGAAGGAAGCGCCAGAGAUCCGUGUACGAGUCGUCAAUGUCGUCGACUUGCUCGUUCUGGCCGAACCUGGCGAGCACCCACAUGCGCUAGAUCAGCACGCAUUCGAGUCUAUCUUCACAGCAGACAAGCCUGUCAUCGUUUCAUUCCACGGCUAUCCCAACGCAGUCAGAGCACUCAUCUCAGGUCGAUCCUCUUCACCCCAUCACUCACGCUUCACCGUACUCGGAUAUAUGGAAAAGGGCACGACAACGAGUCCAUUCUCAAUGCUGCGCGUCAACGGUGUGGGUCGUUACGAUCUUGCCAUUCAUGCUGUGCGAGCAACACAAUCCUUUUCGCCACAAAAGCUCGGUCCCAACAGCAAUAUCCUCGUCGCGGGCUGGCAGCACAAGAACCGCGAAUCUGAGCGGUAUGCCGAAGAGACUGGCGACGAUCCGCCUGAGCUGAAAGCGGCCGUACUAUACGAGGCUUGA